UUUGUGGUUCUUUUUUAAUAGGUUGUUGACCUGUCAACAAUUCAACAAAAUAUAAUAUUUUGACUAUCUUAAUUGAUAUUGGAUAAAUCUUUAAGAGCCAUUAAUGUUCAUUUCGUCUAUUUAUCUAGUCACUCUUUUAUUAAAUUACAAUGAAGAUUGCUAUAGAAGGAUGCGCCCACGGAGAACUUGAAAAAAUAUAUGAAUGUAUUGAAACUAUCCAAGAAAGGGAGGGAAUAAAAAUUGAUUUACUAAUUUGUUGUGGGGACUUUCAAUCUGUUCGCAACAAUGACGAUUUACGAGCUAUGGCUGUACCUGAAAAAUAUCAAAAUAUUUGCACAUUUUACAAGUACUACAGUGGUGAAAAAGAGGCACCUGUCCUUACUAUUUUUAUAGGAGGGAAUCAUGAAGCAUCAAAUUAUUUACAAGAAUUGCCUUAUGGUGGCUGGGUUGCGCCUAAUAUUUACUACAUAGGAAGAGCUGGUGUAAUAAAAUAUGGAAAUUUAAGAAUUGCAGGCCUCUCAGGUAUAUUUAAGGGACAUGAUUAUCUGCAAGGUCUUUGGGAGAGUCCUCCUUAUUCACAAAAUUCCUUGCGCUCAGUUUAUCACAUCAGAUCACUAGAUGUUUUUCGUCUAAGUCAACUUAAAGAACCAGUAAAUGUCAUGCUGUCACAUGACUGGCCAAGAGGAAUUACCGAAUAUGGUAAUAAGCAUAACUUGCUAAAAAGGAAACCAUUUUUAAGGGAGGAUAUUGAAUCAAACCAAUUAGGUAGUCCACCAGCGGAAAGGCUUUUACAUUUGCUCAAGCCAGAUUAUUGGUUUUCCGCUCACUUGCAUUGCCAAUUUGCAGCCCUUGUACAACAUGAAGAAGGUGAAACAAAGUUUCUAGCCCUCGACAAAUGUUUGCCAAAGAGAAGACAUUUACAAAUAUUGGAUCUACCUUCCACAUAUGACGGUGAUAAAACAUUAAAACAUGAUUUAGAAUGGUUGACUAUUUUGAAAGACACUAAUCACUUGUUGAGUGUCAAAAAUAUUGAUUGUCAUAUGCCUGGACCAGGUGGUAAUGAGAGGUAUGACUUUAGUCCAACUGAAGAAGAUAAGCAAAAAACAUUGGAAUUAAUGGGAUCAUUAACAAUAACAAAUGAAUCAUUUGUUAAAACUGCUCCGAUUUAUAAACCGGGAGUCCCAAAAAGUUCAAUAAUUGAGCCAAUUGAGAAUCCUCAAACUGUUUACAUAUGUGAAAAACUAGGCAUAGAUGAUCCUUUACAAGUUGUGCUCGCGCGAACAGGACGGACUAUGAAACCAAUGUGUGUUACGGAAUCAAUUACUUGUAGUGAUGAGACUCCAAUAGCUAAGACACCUAUGAAAUCAUUCAAAUUAUCUUUACCUGCACCAGUUACUCCUGUAAAUGAAGAUUUGUCACAAACAGAUUCAAUUUGUACCCCAAACAACACUACUAGAUCUGAUAAUUUAGAUGAUUCACAAGAAAAUCUAUCUACUCCACCGUCAAUUAAGAAAAUAUUUAAAAGAAGGAACUUAGCGUUGUACACACCAGAAGUUGAUGACGAUGUUAGUACUUCAACAAGCUCGGUGGGAGAUUCAGACAGUCCACGCUCAAGUAAACUACCUUGUAGAAUAAAUAUGUAGUUAAUUUAGUCUAAUUUUUAAACUUUACAAUUACUCGGUAGUAAUUAA